AAAGUGAACGGCAUGGGACUCACACCAACUUUAACGAAAUUGAGUCUGGUUCCUACUUCUGCGAAGUUCACGGCCAAGAAUUUCACAUGCAGAUGAUAUACAACAAGGAAAAUGGAAACAGAAUUUCUAGGUGUAUCCUGAGUGCUGAAUUGGUUGAUUUUGCAAACUCAUAGCCAAACUCACAACAAAACAUGACAAGCCUUUCGAGGUUUAGUGGCUGCCCUCUCUCUUGCGUCAACCCCGGGGAGAGCAAUACUGAACCCAGCGUGGUGCUGCCACCUUUGGCAGGAGAGCACAUGGGACACCCCACUGGCAGUUCCUUAAAACUCUGCCCCUCGCACAAUUUGCGAGACUACCCAGAGACGAGGUCCAGUGCAUAUGUUGACCAUUCGGUUCCCAAUUUUUCAGACUCUGGAUACCCCAGUCACCGGUUAGAGCACAGCCCUAGGGGCAUUAUCAUUGGAGCCAAUCUUUCUGGAGCCGGCAUGCCACCCGUCACUGAUCAACUGGCAUCAAGACCUAACCAACAUGGAGGGAUUGGACGCUAUCGUGACUUUCAUGGCUACAGAGACAACAGAAACCAUACUUUUUUCACAAGUUAUCAGGAGCAGGCCCAUGCGUCCUCCGACGCAUCUCGAGAUCUCGGCAGCCAGAUGAUGCUGGGUCUGCCUGGCGACCUCCUCACCCGGACUCACCCGUACGGCCAAACUAUCAGCCCCAAGGGAAACAGCCAGCAACUUGUCACUCAGUUCCUGGGUCUGUACAAACCCCUGAACAUGGCAAUUCAGCGUGGAGGAGGAGACGCUUUCCUCAGGUGCUCAAAACAAACAGUAAAGCAUGAGCUGGUGUGCAAGUGGAGUGACGGCCAAGAGGGGGCUGGAAAGCUGCCUUGCUCCAGAGCCUUCGGGACCAUGUAUGAACUUGUCACCCAUGUGACAGUGGAGCAUGUCGGAGGACCUGAGCACUCUGAAUAUGUGUGUCACUGGGAGAAUUGUGUGAGAGACAGGAAGCCUUUCAAAGCCAAAUACAAGCUGGUGAACCACGUCAGAGUCCACACAGGGGAAAAGCCAUUUCCCUGCCCAUUUCACGGCUGUGAGAAAGUUUUUGCAAGAUCAGAAAAUCUAAAGAUCCACAAGAGGACUCACACAGGUGAAAAACCUUUUAAAUGUGAGUUCGAGGGCUGCAACCGGAGGUUUGCGAACAGCAGCGACAGAAAGAAGCAUUCACAUGUGCACUCCAGUGAUAAACCCUACAUGUGCAAGGUCAGGGGCUGCGACAAGUGUUACACCCACCCAAGCUCCCUGCGAAAACAUAUGAAACUCCACUGCAACAAGACCCAAGUCGCCAAAGACGGCGACGCGCGUCCUGGUGGUGGGGGUCACAUUGCGGAGGGCAGGUCAAGCCGAGUCUCGGAUGGAACCCAGAUCAGCCCCACUCAUCCACCCACCUCAUCUCAAGAUGUCCCCUUGUCCCCAGAGAGUCGAGACGAGCCGACCCCGAGGUCACGUUUCCAUCACACAUUUGACAGCAGUUUGGACUACUCAACACACAGGUCACAGCCCCUCUUGGACCCUUUGUUGUUACAGAGAGGCAGCUACAGGCCUCAGUCCUCCCAGUACCCCUGCAGCCAGACAGGUCACGCUUUUGCCCAGAGCUCAAGGACUUUCUCCCCUGCUUCUUCCUUUCAGAAAAGUAUUGUUAAUGGAUGGUACACAUGCCACAGCGGCGUGGACUCUUUCCCACCAAAGCAAUGCAAUAACAUCCCGUCUCUCUGAGGUGUUGUUGGGACACACACAGGCGGCUUAAUAUGUUGGGCCUAUUUUUUCAUGUGGUAGCUCAAACCUACAGCUGUUGUUCUCUGUACUUUCGUAAAUGUUGUAUUACAUAUUUUGCGUGACGCCCUCAGUUAUCCUAUUGAGUAUUCAAUGGAAAUGUGGCAAGCUUUAUUUGUUGUCGUGAGGUCUGUUCGGUUGGGUUUGGUUUAAAGCCCAUACAUCUCCCAAAAGUGGAUUAUAGGAACCGUUAUGUGUAUUUCUAGUUUUCGUUGUGUUGCAUAAGUAUUGAAGAUAUCUAUCUUUAAGUGGGGAAAAAAUGACUAAGGAUUUAAUGGAAAUCUGCGUGUUGAUUAGUCUAUUCUGAACUUUGAAUCUUUUAAGUAAAAGGAAGUGUCUUGCUGAAUGUAGCCCUGACUGUAGGGGUCUUUCUUGAAUGUAAACUAGUCUAAUGUAUGUCUGGAUGAAUAGAAAUAUUAUUCAUGACUUAUGUACGUCGCAAGAUAAAAUAAAUAUCUAAUUUUUUUUCGCCCCCCUCAAGUUAAAUGUUGAGGUUUAACAACCCUGCGUGACGGGCCUGGAGCAUGAGCUGUAAUUAAAAUACCGCAAUGCUCACUAGUUUUUUUCCUGCCCUUGAUUAUGUUUCACUUUUUGCCCCAUUUUUUUUUAUUAUUUUUAUUACACACUGUGUAUUAUAUGUAUAUUUCACAUUUCUGUGCAGAGUAAGAGUGUGAGUAUAAACCAGUGGUCGUGUUACUAUUCAAACGUUUAAUUAGCAUACAGUUCAAAAGUACAUAAGCUCACUGUAUAAUUAAUUAUCCUAUAUUUUAUUAAAGUGUCUAUAUUCUCUUUGAUCAGGAGUGUGUGGUUAAACCCAAUCAAUGCAUGAUGCCAAACCUUGUUCUUCCCCUUAAAACACAUCCAGUGCUAUUCGCCAUAUUUGCAAGUUUGCAUUCUUGUGCAAGCCAGACCUACCGAUGAGUCUGCAUAAUCUAUAUGUACAUACAUGCAGAGUCUAUAUUCUAGACUAGAUGUGGAAGUGAUUUGAUUGAGGUAAAAUCAAAGGUAACUGUAACGUGGUAAGAUAAACUCUUCUUAAUACAAAAAGGAAAUUGCAGUCUACUCAACGAAUUUAAUUUUCUUAACUGCGCAAUGAUUUUUUUGUUGUUGUUGUUUUUUUUUUUUUGGAGAGGCUGGAGAUGUGUUUUUGUUGCGGGGUUUCGCGCGUGUUUUCAUUUAGUGAUAUCAAAUCUGAUUUUUCUUCAUGUUUAAAUCAGUUUAUAAAUUUUAUCUCCUUAUAUUAUUUCUGUGUCUUAUUUAGACGCACAUAUACACCAUGGAGCGUUUUAUUUUGAAGGUGAACAAGCUGUAAAGAUAAAAAAGAAAAGACCCAGAUUAUAAGUUAAACAUACUUUAAAGAUAUUUACAUUCUAAGAAUUUUGACACUUUUUACAUUCUAAACUGUUUUGCUAGACAUAUGUGCCGUUCUGUUUGAUUUGGGUAUUGGUAUAAGUUAGAAAGUUUUUUUGUUUGUUUGGUUUUUGUGGGGAAAAAAAGCUCAAAAUGAUUCACUUGAUUGCUCUUUAUGGAUGCACAUAUUAUUAAUAGUUAAAUGUUUUACUUCGCCUAUAGCACAUUUUGGGAGAAACAUAUGAUCACAUUUAUUUGUUUUUUGUUCCUUCAAAUACAACCCUUCAAUUAAAACUCUCUUUAAAAUAAAAAACGUGGUAUUGGGAUUUCAGUUUGAAGCCUGUAUUUGUCUGUACAGAGCUUUUAGUCCGUUUUGCUACUAAUCCUGGUGCAGACAAUAGCUCAUUUUUAGUGAACUAUUGUUCCUAUCCAGUCUAUUCUGAGAUAACACUUCCUGUUUCCUGUCCAAGAAGCAACACCCCCUCUCUAACAAUACCAAAAGAAAAAGUAACUGGAAAUUAAGUGAUCAGGUUCAGGUAUGUUCUGUAGCUAAAGACUAUGUACACAAGUAUGUAUGGUAUAGCAAAUACUGUAUGUCCUUGUCCUGCUCAGGAAAGUAUAGUGCUUGGUCAUUGUGAAGGUGGCAAUAAUCACAAAUAAAGUAAAAGAAAAAGAAAUUCCACUCUACUACUAUUAGAAAAUGUUAU